CCUCGCACCUUUCAUCCUUUCCUUCUCCUCCCCCAAGAUGGCUACAGCCGCCUAUCCAGCAUGGGAGGAUAUCCCUUCUCCCCCUCCCACUUCCACCGCUUCCUCCUCCUCAACACCACUCGCACCUCCCGCCCCUUCAACCUCACGCAGCCUCACAUCCUCUCUGGCGCGCUUCUUCUCCCUCUUCCCUCUCCAUCAAUUCCCAGCUGCUCAGCCUCUCUACCCUGAGGACGAUACAAGAGUGACCAAACCGACAUUGUACGUCGCUCCUGGCCAUGCGAGGGAGAAGAACGGGAGAGUAGAGAGGACAUGGACGAGCGCAGAUGCUCGCUGCUUGAGGUGGCAGAUGGAGUUGCUCUUCCGCUCUUCGCCGUCCCUUCAAGGCUACGAGGUGGAUGGAAGUCGUGCCAGUACCUCGGGAAGCAAGUCAACGGGCCACUUUGAUUGCGAGCAGAUUGAGCACCAAGAUGCGUGGGGACCAAAGAUCGAUUCCUUACCGUACCUUCAGCUCCCGCCGCAUGGGAAGGGCAAGGUCGUCCCCUCGUCAACAGCGUACGUCCCCUCGGCCCCGCCAAGGCUGCUCGACGACGAGGCUCUGCCAACGUGGGCGGAGACGCGAUGGCCCUUCGAAUGGGAGAAGGUCGAGAAGCACGGCGCUGAAGAGGAGAGAGGGCAGAAGAUGAGCGGGGCGUACGAGAGCGAGGAGAAGAGAUUAGAGGCGGAAAUGUGGACAAGCCUUCUGGAGGGGAAGAUCAUGGGCGCAGUGCUCCUAGCACAAAUGAUCUGCUCCCCGCCUACCAGCCCCUCCUCCCUGCCCCUCUUCUCCUCCCUCCUCCACACCCAUCUUACGACUCAACGACUGAAUCGUCGCGCACAUCACAUCUCCACUCUCACCAUCCCUUCCCUCCCGCGCUCCGCCACCCUGUCUCGCGGCGCGAGCUGGUCAUCCUGGCUACCCUCCCUCAACUUCUCCCUCGACGGGCCCCUACGCGGGACUGGAGGGGGCGUCGAGCCUGGUACGGAGGUUGUGGGUUGGCCGGAGGGGGAGGAGUGGGAUGAAAAGGGCAUCGUUGAGGAUGCGGUGCAGGGGCUGAGGGCUGUUGCCGGAAGGAUGGGGAAGAGUAGCAUCGAGGAGCCAGCAGGAGGGUGGUUCUUAGGGGCGAGCCAGCCGACGGGGCUCGAUGCGCUGCUAUUUGCGGUGCUGCACACCAUUCUAUCCCUGCCUGGCGCAACGGGGAAUCAGGUGGUGCAGCGUCUAAGAGCUGCCGUGCAAGGUGAAGGGGAUGAGAAGGCAGGCGUGCUCGCCGCCUGGGCGAAGCGGGUAUAUGGGGAGUGGGUCAAGGAACGCGAGAUUGAGUGGCAGCGGGUGCAAGACUAGAAGCAUGCUUAAGCUCCGUCAUGUCAGACGACGAGCGACCGGGAAUGUCACGAUUGUCUAUUGAA